GGUACGUACCAAACAAGGUGCUAAAUUUGAGCUUCGAUAGCUUCUAAUCGCGACUUAAAUAUUUCAACUUAUCAGCCUUACACUAAACCAAGCAUAAAUCAUCACAGUUAGGUACCCAACACAGACACUAAAAUUCCCCGCCGAUAUUACAAUUUCCCACACAGAGGUCGCUUAAAUCACGUCAUGUCGAAGAGACAGGCUUCUGAAGCCUUGGAGGAGCUUCUGGAUGCUGGCACACCCGUAUCGAAGAGAUCGCGACUUGACGAUGGUACCGAAUUCAACGGCAACGGCACUGCCCUCUCCGACGACCGACUCGACGAUGCGCCUCCUAGCGACAAUGAAGACGAUGAUUUCGAGGACGAGCCUACAAAGGCACCGAUACGACAAUCCGCUCCUACGGAAGGAUACGACGACCUUUACCUAGAUACGAUCGAUCGCAACGUGCUCGACUUCGACUUCGAGAAGCUAUGUUCGAUCAGCCUGUCCAACAUAAACGUCUACGCCUGCCUAGUCUGUGGAAAGUAUUUUCAAGGCCGAGGUCUUAAGUCGCAUGCCUAUUUUCACGCUCUCGAGGUUGGACACCACGUGUUCAUCAACAUGGAGACGCAGAAAGUCUACGUAUUACCGGAGGGCUACGAAGUAAAAAGCAAAUCAUUGGAUGACAUAAAAUAUGUCUCCGACCCCAGAUAUACGAGGCAGGAGGUGAUGGAACUAGACCGCAAAGCGCGAACCGCGUGGACGUUGGAUGGGAAGGAAUAUACGCCUGGCUUUGUGGGAAUGAACAAUAUCAAGGAGAACGAUUACUUGAACGUUGUGGUCCAAGCGAUGUCUCAUGUCACGCCGCUUCGAAACUACUUCCUUUUAGAAGACCUAUCAUCACGCGCCGAGCUUGUUAAGCGAUGCGGCAUUCUAUUCCGCAAGAUUUGGAACCCUCGAGCAUUCAAGAAUCACGUAUCACCACACGAGCUACUACAAGAGAUCUCGUUGAAAUCGAACAAAAGAUUUACCUUGACGGUACAAUCUGACCCCGUCGAGUUUCUAUCGUGGUUUCUGAAUAACUUGCAUCUGGGGCUAGGUGGAAGCAAAACAAAACCAGGGAGCAGCAUUAUACAACGAAUAUUCCAGGGGAAGCUCAAAGUCGAGUCGCAAGCCAUCACCGCAAAGGCGGAUACAAACGACCGCUUACGGUUCGAGGAGGCGGCGGAGGUUAAGACCGAUAUCAAUCGUUUCCUACUCCUAACGCUAGACCUGCCACCAGCACCCCUGUUCCAGGACGAACUGGAGCGCAACAUCAUUCCUCAAGUACCACUCACGAAUAUUUUAUCUAAAUAUGACGGUGUGAAGAGUCAGGAACACCUUGCGCAGAGAAAGCGAUACCGAUUAAUGCACCCCUUACCUCCAUAUCUCAUGUUCCACAUCAAGCGAUUCUCUACGAAUAAAUUCGUAUCCGAGCGCAACCCUACUAUCGUUACCUUCGACGCGCGCGUUGGUCUUGACGUAUCACCAUAUGUUGAACCCAGCCCUGCAGAUCAUCCUCCUGGGGAGCCGAUCUGGUAUGAUCUAGUAGCGAACGUUACCCAUGAAGCUGUCAGAGCGAAAGAAGAUGUCGCAGAUUCGGGAGAAGAACGAAAAACUUGGAAGGUCCAGUUGAAGGAUAAGGGAAGAGAUGAAUGGGUAGUAUGUCAGGACCUGUUCGUGGAGGAGACCCAGAAGGAAUUGUUGUACCUAGGGGAGUCGUAUCUGCAGGUUUGGGAACGGCGGCGGGAUCCUAAGGGUAAACGAAAAACGUAAGAAAAGGAUACCUAGGUAAUUGGGAAUUGGAUUGAAAUAAUACUACCCCUUUCAGUGAAGUUUUUGAAUCCAUCCGGAUUUCCAGUUACUGUAGAACUGAAACGAUACUACAGGACGAUCAUAUCACCAACUCCUAGAGGGUGGGGUUCAGGAUAGCUCACCUAUAUUGCGUAGUCCAUCCCACCAUAAGUAAUACUUAUUGUUGAGCUGGCUUAUUAACAAGCUGGGCCUUCCAAGUUAAACAAAAGAAAAACUAGGUUUUCAAGACA